GCCCGCUCCCUGCUGCAGGAUGGCCGGAGGUUUCCUACAAACACGUCUCCUCUCCCUCUUCGACUACAAGACGGAAAAAUACAUCGUCUCCAAAAAUAAGAGAGUUGGAGUUCUGUACAGACUCAUUCAGCUAUCGACCAUCGGUUACAUCAUUGGGUGGGUUUUUGUAAGCAAGAAAGGCUACCAGGAAACAGACGAGGCCGUACAGAGCUCCAUCAUAACCAAACUGAAGGGAGUGUCAGUGACUAACACCUCCGAGUCUGGGCUGCUGGUCUGGGGCCCGGAGGACUAUGUCAUCCCACCUCAGGGGGAUGCUAUUCUGUUCGUUGUAACUAAUUUCUUAGAGACACCGAACCAGAAACUGGGACAAUGUGCAGAGAGUUCUAAAGUGCUGGAUGGCCACUGUCGAUACGACAAGGACUGUGAAGAGGGGAAGAUGGUAGUGGCUGGUAAUGGUAUUAUGAGUGGCCGGUGCCUUAGAGAAGAUGUAAACUCCACUGGAACCUGUGAAAUCUACGGCUGGUGUCCCAUCGAAAGAAAACUUAAUUCACAAAGGCCUCUGCUGAAAAACGCCGAAAACUUCACCAUCUACAUCAAGAAUUUCAUCCAGUUUCCAAAAUUCAAGUUUUCAAAGUCCAAUGUUCUUGAAACAACUGAUGACUCCUAUUUGAAGAAAUGCAGAUAUGACGAGGAGCUCCACCCGUACUGCCCCAUCUUCCGUCUGGGAGACAUCACCCAGCGAGCCGGAUACAAGUUCAAUGACAUGGCCACAUAUGUUAGUAUUUUGACUGCGUAUCGUCAAGACGGUGAUAAAUCAACAUCUGAAAACAACGGUGUGAAGGAGGCCACCUCGGAGAAGGAGAAUCUGACGUAG